AUGGCUCAUCUCGACUCUCUGGAGUACAUUAGUGAGGAUGCUUCAUGUGGUUGGUUGGGCUAUUCUGAAAUGUCAAUUCUACUAUCUUCUAUACAACAGCCCAACUCGAUACUAAAAUCGCUAUAUGCGCCAGUUUUUGGACCUGGGGAAAAUGCUGCUAUUAUCGUAAAACCAAACUCACUUGAGUUUCACAAGGUGGAUCAAAAUGGUUUAAACCAGAUACAUACCAUGGAGUUUCUCGAUACAAUAGUAGAUGUUUGUGAUUAUGAUAUGGAAACGAAAAUAAAGAUCGGAAGCUUAUUGAUCGUGCUUACUAAAUCUCUUGAACUUUGGGUAAUUGCUUAUAAAGAAGAGACAAAAUCUUUUAAAAUCAUCGAGAAAUUAAUAAUCACCUCAUCGUUACCAAUAAGUUCUAAACUCAGCAUCUGUAUUUUUCAAAACAUUUUAGCAAUUCAAACACAUGUGGGUGCUCUUGAAAUCGUCCAAUUGAGUAAAAUUGAAAAUGCAGUAUUAAAGAAACUCGGAUCACAAAAACUUUCAACGACUGCAAAGAAUUCAAUAUUUCAACAGAAAUCAACUGCAACAGUGGAUAUAGAAUCACUUAAACAGAUCGAAAUAUUCAGAACAGAAGGGAACAAAUAUUAUGUAAUGACCUUAAAAAAUUCUAUUCCUUCAGGAAGUCUCGAUUUUUACAGCUUGGAUUUAUCCACUUCCAAGAUUUCCAUGUUCACUACCCUUGGGAGUUUUCCAGAAGAGGCGGGCUCUCCAAACUAUAUUAUCAAAUUAACCAAUAACGAGAACCAGAACUCCUGUGGAUUCAUAGUUAAUUUUCUCCACAAACAAUAUUAUCUUCCUCCUCCAAAUUUGGCAACCGCAAGUCUCAAAAACCCAGUACAGAAUGUUGAAAACUUGAUUUACGAAAUGAUUCCUCUCAACACCAAAUCCAAUCCAUCACUUAAGUUGGGGCAAAAAAAGUAUAAUAUAUUGCAAAGAAACACUAUUUUGGACUCAGAUGACCUGUCUUAUAAAGAAAUUAAAGAGGGAUUAACGAUAUUGGCUCAUAGCAUCACAGAAGUUACGCAUGAUGCUCUGGAAGAGAAUGCUGACAUCUUUACGUUUAAAAUUUUCUUAGUUUCUUCUCAAAACAAUAUCUUAUUGCUUGGCUUUAAAGUGUGCUUAUCUUCAAAGGCUAAACCAACAUCCAAUGCAUCCAUAAAUUCCAAGAGUAUAGAUGGGUUUUUCCGUCGGAGAACUCCGACCUUGUCCAGAAUCAAUGUAUCAGACACAUUAGUACAGAUUAAGACGUGGUCGCUUUAUGAUUUGAGCUCACCAUAUAAUGACAGAUCCAACGACUUUAUUAAUCAAGCUAACUGUUUAUCAUAUAUUGAGUCGGGUUACUUCAUUGCUACUUCAAGUGUUUCGAAUUCUGUAAUUUUUCAUGUUGAUGCAAUAGAACCGCAUAUAAAACCAAUUCAAUAUUUGAAAGAGUUCAAUGAUGGACCAAUAUUACAACUAGAAUAUGAUGAAAAUCUGGAAAUUUGCGCAGGUGGUUCAAAUUUUCAACCUUUGAUCAGCAGAAAUCUAUCAAAUCUUUAUUCUGUCUCAGGAAGCUUGCAAUCAAGCGAGAUUAAAAUGUUUUCUCGAGGUCUUAAUGCGAUUGAAGUCACUACGAGGAAUGAAAAACCCAAAAUUGGACCAUGUUUCAAUUUAAGAGACACCUUACUUCAAAAAAAAAGGUCUUUUGAAACAAGUUAUGGAGGAUUGCAUAUUUUGUAUUUUGAGCAAAUAGCAAAUGAAAGUCGAAUUACUAAACCAACCUCGAUUUUAGAUGAUAACACUGGAUUUCUUGAAUUUUACUUAACAAGAGUCACUUCAGAAAAUGAAUUAUCUCUUGAAUUUAUACCUUGCAAGUUCAAGGAAGAUACAACAUCAGAAGAAAAUGGAUUGUUGAGAUGUGGCCGAAUUAAAGAACUUAGUUUUUUUGAAGACCGGCUUGUGAUUAUAUUUGAACAGGAACUCAAAGUUUACAACUUUGCAGAUUUCGGAACUCAUUAUUAUGAACGUUUGGAAUAUAAUGCGGAGCUUUCCAGAAGUUUAGAGAGAGAUCCCGUCAGUCAGAUAUACCUUGGAUCUGGCAACGAAAUUUUUUUAUUUUGUGAAUCCGAAGAAAAAAAAUAUUUCAGGUACCUAAAUCUCAUUGAAAAUAUUGAUAGAGAACUUCCUGUUCCAACUGAUGUUGAUAUAAGUUUUGGAUUGAAUGAAAAUACAUUGGUUUUCGAUCUUGAAGUUGAUGCUGUUAACGAGGUCUUUUAUUUAGUGAUUUGCACAUUCGAAGGAGAUAACAAAGUUGUCAAGUAUAAAUAUUCACAAAUCGAUCCACAUUUAGAAUUCAUCAAAGAUUUCGGAUUUCACAAAAAGAGCUUUUUCAAUUCAAUUGCUAUCGAUAAUAUUAGAGACGAAGUGAUUCUUUUGGGUACAACAUCGUCCAGGUCUUUGGUAAUCAUAAAAUUGCACUCUAUUGUUUCUGGGUUCAAGAAUUCUAAAGUUAUUAAUGAGUCGGACUAUUUGAAGUACAAUUUAGAUGAUUUUUCAGCCGAAAUAAUAAAAUCGAAAUCAUUGAGGAAUACUUAUUAUUUGAAAACCCCUAAUGCCAAUACUGUGCAUUUAUUGAACCUUCAUAAGCAACCAUCGUCGCCAAGUAUCAGUUAUGAAUUGGGAAUUUUGAAUUUUCCCUUUAAUCAUCCUAACACAACUCUUUAUAGUGAAUUUGAACACCAAGGGAAAACCUAUCUCAUGACAGAUGGGUUUCCAAAUGCCCAAUUUUUUAAAGUUGAUGCAAAAAUGUUGAUGAGGAAACCAUGUCUUGAAGAAGGGGUCCGUCACAGAGUAGCGGGAGACCAACAGGAAGGACAAGAAGAAGAGGAAGACGAUGAUCUAAUAAUUUUAACUAGUAACAGAAAGAAAAAUAUCAUUGGAGAUGGAAUAGACAAGGAAAUAUCGAACCAGAGAAACAAAUGUCGGAAAAUCGUGAAACAAAAUACCAACAUGACAGCUUCAGUGGAUGCCGAUGGCGAUACCCUUCUUCAAAUACUACCUGAUAAUACUAGUUUUCAGGAAAAGUCAAACUUUUAUACGGUUAUUAAAUCAAUUGAAUUGACAGAUUUGAUCAGAAAGAUUAUUAUUAUGAAACAGUUUAACCUUAUGGUGGUGGUGACAAAUAAAUAUCCAAAUUCCUGUGAACCAAAGGGAAAUCGUUUGGAUAAAACUGUCAGCACAAUCAAGUUACUUAAUCUUAAAUCUUUUGAAUUGUUAUCUUGCAAUGUCCUUGAAGGUUAUGAAGUUGUUGACUUAAUUGAUGCGUGUUACCAAAAACCAAAGUCUACUGAAAUCAAAGGACCAGCCCACGUCGAGAACAUUUUGGGAUUCGAAGAUAAGACUUCGGUGGGGUUGCAAAAAAUGUUGAUGAAUAAAUUUUUAGUGGUUUCCAACUGUAGUGGGAGCACUUAUCGAGAAAAAAAUCGGGAUACUGGAGAUCUCGAUGAUGCUGAUGUUGUUAAUGAAUUCAAGUUAUUUUCCGUGAUAACGGAGGAAAAAACAGGGAUUAUUUUGGAAUCAUCUUAUAAAAACUCUUCCAAGAGUCAAUUCUACUCCAUUCAUAAUUUUGGGUAUCGAUUAUUUCUAGCCACGGGAAACAAAACAGGGAUUUUCCGUAUCAAUUACAGACCAUCUACCAGGCAAUUCUACAUCGAAAGGACUUUUGAGAAGAGAAUAUCUAGAUUAUUCACUGACAAAAUAACCUCCAUUAAUAACAUGAUCAUGAUCAAUGAUAUUUACAAAGGCCCAAUGACCUUUAAAUUGAGUCUGAUAAAAUACACUGAAUCGAAGCCUGCGCAAAGCGGGCCCAAAGAUAUUUAUACUGUGAGUGAUUAUGCGGUGGCCAAUAAAUAUGAAGAUUACGAAAUGUCAUUAAGGAUCAGCAUUUAUGAACUAGAUCAGAUUAAUGAAAUGGCCAGUAUUGAUUCAUGCCUUACCAAUUCAUUUUUAUCGCAGCUGGUGGAUCUUUCUAAUAAUCUAUCGGUGGUUUUUAAAAAAGUCGGAUUUAAGGAUAAAAAAUUGAACAUAGAGAAGAAAACUAUAUCUAAAUUUAAUUUAGGUGACAAUAUCAAUGUGAUUGAAGCUUUACCGUCCUAUGGCUGUUACCCAACCAUGAAAUUUAAUGGUAUGAUUACAAAACAGUUCAUCGGAGAAGCAAAUGGGUCCGAUGAAUUUUUUAGUGGUAAUAUUGCUAGUACCAUUUUUCCUUUAAGUCUUGUGGGAUCAGUAAUUGGAGGGAUUUAUACGCUAAGCCUUAUUGAUAAUAAGGGUGCAGCUGAUUUGUUGAAACGGCUCCAGGACCAUUUGGUGGGUAUUUUCGAUGCCUCACCUAAAGACGACCAAUCGAUGGCGGCAUUCCAUAAAUUCAGAAACCCCAAAGUGUUUGGAUCGGUUGUUGAAGAUGAAUACACAAACUUCAUUGAUGGCACUCUAUUUCAAAAGUUUUUGAAUUUACCUAUGGAUCAACAGAAGAGUCAUUUAGCCAACGAAGAUAUUGAAGCGAUGAAGAGAAUUAUUUCUGCAAGCACUUUAGGGUUGGGAAAUUAA